GGUGCAUAAACCGGCCCGAGAACACAUUCAGAUUGCAACCAAACAUAGAAUUUCCUUAGCAGGCUAACCACCGGACGUCAUUUUAAUCGCUAUCAUCUGAGUCUCCAGGUCUAGUGGUCUCCAAGAUUAGAUCCACCCUCGUCGACGUUAAAGAUUCAUCUGGAUAGAGGAUCCAGGAGGCCAUCAAAUAGGGUUUUGAUAGUGAUUUUUAAGUGUGCCAUGUUCGGUGGGACAAUUGCAUACAUGGAUUAUAUUUUUUCUAAACAAGGAUAAUGCAAAAUAAGGAUGACGUCGGCGACGUUGGUGCAUCGGGAAUCAUCCUCAAGCAGAUCCCUGAAGGCCGUGGUAGAAGAAGCGCAUCAUCGAGUCAAUGUCCAGAAUCUGGCACUGUAUGCGAUCGAGAUCAAGAAUAGUCAGCUGGUCCUCAAAUUGGUUAAACCGGGAAGCACCCAGACGGACGAGGGAUUUGAAUCAGAUAUAGAUUCCAUCUCGUUAGUGUCUAAUGAUGAAGAAUAUCAAGCAAAAGGUCGCGAAACCGACAGCGCUAACGGCUCUGCAUGUUCAGACUCGGAUGACGGGGAGGUCAUCAAUGGCACACCCCGAUCGGAAACGUUUAAUCUAGUCAAUUGUGUCUGCUACACGGACAUAAAAUAUCCAGAUAUCUUAGUUUUCGUGAUCGUCAACGAAACUCUAGUAUUUAAAUUUGGAAACCUGGAUGAACUCCAAGCGUUCCACGCAAAUUUCAGCACAGUGAAAGCAGUCUCCAACCAGCGAGCCUACUGCACAGGACUAAAUAAUAAUUUUAAUCUCCUCCAGAGAACUGACUCCAACGGCAUCACGCAUAUAGAGAUUACGCGCCCCAACUAUCCCCUGGAAGAUUACUUGGAGGAACCCACCUCCAUUAUCAGUAUAAACGCCCCCGAGACGUUCAUUAAGAAAUCCCAGUCUUCGGAGAAUUUGCUCGAUGCGGAUGAUGAAGCGCCACUGAAGAAAAUCUGGAGCUCGGCCGAGAAUCUCUUAGACGCACGACCUCCAAAACCUCCGGAAAGGCGGAGACGCAGAAAAGGUCCUGCUCCUCAACCACCAACGAACAUUUUCAAGGGACAAUUCAUUCGUGUUACGGUACCGAAAGUUCCAUUGGUUCCACCACCGAAACUACCUAGUUUCUGGACGCACUCUAUGCCCAGAUUAAUGAAAAAACCACCUACACCAAUGGCUUACCGAUACAUAGAUACAACCUUAUCAUAUCAACCACCUUGCUACAAACCACCACACCAGCCACCUCGCUCCAAUAUCUCCAAUCGUCUCUUUGGUAUGAGUUCCAAACUCAAAGACUUACCAUCUUUGCAAUCGAACUAUGACCCAGAUGAGCAACGCUAUGGCAAUCUGUCACAUUUAACCACGAAGCUAGGUCAAGCCACCUUGAAGAGUGUCAUCAAGAAGGACGACGCUAAACCACAGCGCACUAGGAAUAAAAAAGUUACCUUCAGCGCCUACAACACUAUACAAGUACUAUGAACAUUUAAAUAUUUAACCAAUAUUUUGU